AUGGGUCUCAGCCAAGUCUUCACCGAGUCGACCUUCGCCAAGUACAUCAAGGCAAUCAGAGAGUCGCCUCGAGAACUGAUCUCGAAUCGCAAGCUUCUGCUUACCGCCGCCCUCUAUGCCACGAGUGGCAUCCCCAUCACAUGGGAUCAGGGCUCAUCCUCGGUGGUGCCGUCCCUUCCCGGGUUCCAAAAGGAUUUUGGAAUCAGCUCGGCCACGAACCCAACCCAAGUCUCCAACUUCAUCUCUUUCGUCUACAUCGGAGCUGGCAUCGGCGCCGGCCUGUCAUUCUUCCUCAAUGACCGCAUUGGCAGGAUGUGGUCUUACCGUCUCUACAUGACCAUCUGGAUCAUUGGACAAAUCAUUGCAACAGUAUCGAUGGGUAACAUCGGUGCCCUCUACUUCGCUCGCAUCGUCUCGGGCCUGGGCAUCGGUGCCCUGACAGUGACCGGACCCGUCAGCAUCGUCGAGAUCGCCCCUACCGAGAUCCGGGGUCUCCUGGCAGUGUGGUUCAGCGUGGUCAUGCUGCUCUCCUUGACCGUGUCGGUCUUCAUUGUCUACGCAUGCUUCAUCCAUGUCGCUGCCGGCAGGCUCCAGUACCAGAUUGUCUUCUUCUCCCCAACCAUCGUCACGGCCAUUCUCAUCGCCGCAAGCUUCUUGCUCUACGAAAGUCCCCGCUGGCUGUUCAUUGCCAGACGCGACGAAGAGGGCAUCCAAAACCUUACGGCUCUUCGAGGGCUGCCGGUUGAUCACCCUCGCGUGGCGACGGAGAUUGAAGAUAUCAAAGACCAGAUCGCCAAAGAGGAAGAGAAAUUCGGACGUAAUCCCGGCUUCGUUGUCUUGGUAAAAGACGCAUUCCUGGUCCCCUCCAAUCUGCGCCGCGUGCAGCAGGCCGUUCUAUCGUAUGCACUGGCUCAAUUAUCCGGAGCAAACAGCGUCACGUCAUACCUGGUUCCCAUCCUGAGCAUGCUCGGACUUGGCGGCGGCACUGCCCGUAGCUUGUUCCUCAGCGGCAUGUACAGCAUGGCCAAGUUCUUUUUUACGUUGAUUGCUAGUUUCUUCUUCAUCGAUGCCCUUGGACGCCGCCGCAGUCUCUUCACCGGCAUCACGAUCCAGAUGAUUUCUGAUCUGUACAUCGGUAUCUUUAUCAAGCACCGACAGGAGGGUUCCGUUGCACCUGGGUCUAGCGAAGCAGCCAUCGCCGCCAUCUUCAUCCACGGAUUUGGAUACUCUGUCGGUCUACUCGUCUUACCUUACGUCUUUGGUGCUGAGCUGUGGCCCAACCACUUACGCUCCUUUGGCAGCGCUUUUGCGCAGUUCUUCCACUGGCUGUUCUUCUUUGGCCUCAACAAGGGCAUGCCUUCACUUCUCAGCCAAACUCACAACUGGGGCGCCUUCAUUUUUUUCGCGGGAUGGUGUUUCCUGUCGUUGAUUUACGUCUACUGCGUCGUCCCCGAAACGUCUCUGCAGAGUUUGGAGCAACUGGAUGAGCUCUUCAAGGGGCCUUGGUGGAACGUCAGCCGCAGAGCCAAGCAGCUGAAGCAGCAAGCUCGAGAGCAGGAGGCAAUCAUCGAGGCUCAAGAGUCAGCAAGCGAUCAAAACAGCGAGCACGAGUCCAGCAUCGAAAAGAACGGGGCGCGUGCCGUCAGCCAGAAGGUUUGA